AUGACUACCCUCUCGGAAUCCGCCGUCUCGGAUAUCAACACCAUCUCUCGCUUCAUCUCUUGCCCGCAAAUAGCUUCUCUCCUUACCUGCUUUCCUGUCGAUGUUCUAGUUCUAUGUGGAAAUGCAAUCAUUCCUAUUGCCGAGAAUGUAUUUUCAGUCUUGGAGGCGCGGCCGGAUCUGGCAAAGACUUUGGUGAUCUGUGGUGGAAUUGGACACUCGACUCGAUUGUUGUACGAGGCGGUCCGACAAAGCAGGAAAUAUGGGUAUCUGGCUAGGGAUAUCGAGGGACUACCUGAAGCCAUCGUCCUCCGUUUCAUCCUCAAGGAAUUCUACCCGAUCCUCGUUGAACAUAUUCGCUCCGGCACCAUGAGACUCAUCGUCGAGGACAAAUCGACAAACUGCGGAGCCAAUGCCAUCGAAACGCGUCGGGUUCUCGAACAAAAUUCCAUCCCCAUGCCCGAAUCCUUGAUCAUCGUUCAAGAUCCCACCAUGUGUCUCCGCACCCUAGCAUCAUUCAGACAUACAUACGCCGAGGUGUGUCCCCCUCCGAAUUUCUUCGCUUGUCCAACUUUUGUGCCGAUGAUUUCUCUUGACUCGUCAAGUCCACAACGUAGCGAGCCAGAAGUCCAUUUUGUGGUUGCCGCAAGCAUUCAUCCGACAGAUAUAUGGGAUCACCGGCGCUUCUUUGAUCUCCUCAUGGGUGAGAUUCCACGACUCAGGGAUGAUGAGCACGGAUAUGGCCCGAAAGGGAAGAACUUCAUUGCUCAUGUAGACAUUCCCGACGAAGUGGAAGCGGCAUGGACGAGAUUACGUAACGUCCUGGACUUCAAACGGUGA